GAUUAAUCUUAUUUCAACAGCUCAACGAUCCUCUCCAGCAGUUGGCUAUGCCAACCGUCCGCGCAGGCAUCAAAUUCGAGCGCGAAUGCAUGCUGGACGACGUCCCGGCGGUACCCGCCGCCGGCGACCUACUUCUUGAUCCCGGCCAGGCGUCCAUCUUUAUCACCCGCGAGGAAUUCAACGCCCUCCAGACCCGCCUCGAUUCGAUCGAAGCAAAACUGGACCGCCAAAGCGUGCUUCUGGAGCGCGUCCUAACGCACGUAACCAGCAGCACCAUCGCUACGGAAAGAACCGGCGCCUUAUCCCUCCACCCUCGACAAGAACCGCCCCCGCUGCAGCUGGAGGAUUUUACCGAGUUCGAACAGAUGGGCCGCAUCGGCACGGACGAGCAGCUGCGGGAACUCGAACGGAAGCUCGCCGACAAGGCCUACGAGGCAAAGUUCAUCCGCUACUGCCGGACCAUCUACCACCUCACCGGCAAGCGCGAAGGCUACCCCUUCUUCAAGACGCUGCUCCGCGAAAUGCUAAACCCGAUGAUCCUGUCCACCUACUCGUGGAAGGGCAACAGCCGCAACGCGGUCAACGAGAGCUUCAGCGAAAGCUUCCCGAACUUUAUACGCUUCGUUUGGCGCGUCACGCUCGCGGCCGAUUAUCAGUUUACCAGCGAGGACAACGCGCGCUCGUUUAGCUCCUUCCUGCGCAUGAAAAAUACCGAAAUCAAGCGAUUUUCCGAUGUUGACCGGGCACGACGGGCGAGCUUCACCAGGAAGAAGCGCAGGAGAAAGAACAACGACAGUGGCGGGCGCACGCCGGAAGCAAUGGACGCCGAGGAAGGGGGCCGGGAGCGGAAUUUGCCGCCCAACUCGGUUGAUUCCGGCGAGGAAGACGCGUUCGAGUUUGUGAGCAGCAACCGGGGGGAGGCGGCGGAGUACUCGGACGAGUAGUGGCGGAAGGAGUGGUCUAGAUUUGGUUGAAUGUAAGUUAAUUGAAUAAACCGUACAAACAUUUUAAAGAUAAAUUAUAGAUUGCGAGAGAAGCUAUAGAUAGAGAAACGUCCUUUGUCGAAAAUUACCCAUCUUUCAUGAAGAUAACGCCAAAAAUUUUAAUGGAGCACCGGAUUCGAGUGGUAGAAAUGACAGUUCUCCCAUAAGAAAUACAUUUUAGAAAAAGAAAAAAAACAAGAAGUGUUCGAAUGGAAUUGCUCCAUAGGCAAUCAAACGUCAAAAUUACCCCCCACUAGAGGGCGCUCAAACUUGGGGUGAUGUUUUCAUUAUAACCUACAGCGAGUAAAUUGGUUUGAAAUUUGAAAUUGUUUUAUUUCAUCAUAAAAUCGACAUUAAUAGCAAAUUAUACCAUUUUCAGGUAAGAAAUAAAUAGCUUAAUUGAUAUAAACGAAAAUAUUUUUGUGAUGGUCGAUUUAACCUGUUCAU